ACUCAAUCCGGUGCGGCGUGGUGUCGGUGCGGUGCUGCCUCGUGAUGCUCGCUCCACUGCUCUAAAAUAAGAAUAAAACUCGGGAAGGAAAGAAAGUAUUGAUUGUGAUGUAAAACAAAAUGUGAACGUAGGUCUGUUCCGUUAGUGUUAUUAGUUGAGCUGAACUGGUGACUGCGUGUUGUGGACAGUUGUCGUGUCUGUGGGAGGUCGUGUCGCUGCCAUGGACGUAGCCAAGUACCUGACUGUGCUAGUUGUGUUGUGCCUGGAGGGCGGUGAGACGGGAGGCGGAGGGAAACACCAUGACCACGUGCGAAUACACAUACCGGAGUUCAUUCAUCAUGACCACCAUAAGAAAGUGAUCACUAUUCACCAUCACCAUCACAAGCCAAAGAAAGAGCAUCAUCAUCAUCACCAUCACCACCACAAGCCUCAGAUUCCGCACGGCCAUCAUUAUCAUCAUCAUCAUAAGAAAGUUCAUACGAAGACUCAUACGGAGUCUAAAGGUGGGAAGCAUCAUCACGCUAAGCAUGGCCACCACGGUCACCAUGGUCAUCACGGUCAUCAUGGCCAUCACGGUCAUCACGGUCACCACGGACACGGUCAUCACCACGAUGCGCCCGUCGUGCCAAGCUUCAGCUACACGCCCAGCGCAAUUCCCUCCUACGAGGACGACUACUCUCCUUCAUAUUCACCGUCAUAUUCCCCACCAGUGCCUGCGUAUGGAGGCAUCCCGAGCACAGACUACUCUUCCCCUCAGGUGCCCCGUGUGCACGGAGUAACCCACACGGUUAAACAAGUUAAAGUGUUCGACUCGCUUCCUGGCGCCCUCCCUAACAAAGGCGUCGGCCAUGGUUACGAGGUGACCGAAGAAGGCGAAGAAGAUGAUGAUGUCUUCACGACUGUAAACCAACUCCAGAACAGAUUCCCAGCGACGUUCGGCUAUGUUCGCAGUGCGGCCGCUCAGCCGACGAAUGAUCCAUACGCAGAAUUGAAUGCUCAAGAUGCACUGCCGACAAACUUUGCAUCAGCACCGGCGCCUACUAUAGGGCUAUCGAGUGGCAUAGAGAGUUUCGCGGGAACUGUGCAGAGCGAUCCGUUCGCCUCUUCAGCCCCAACUCAGACUAUAAGCUUGCCUAGUGCUGAGCCUUCAGCUGAGUUCCCAGUGUCCUUCCAAGGAGAGAGUUUCGACGGUCAACUGAACUCUUUUGCGGGAUCAGAUGGUAAAGACGGAGCAUUUAUAUCGAAUGAAGAAAAUACUUUGUCCGAAGAUACCCCAGUAUCCUUCACGAGAGAGGCGGGCAUACAACAGACUACCAAUACUGGUAAUGUUGAAACCCUCGUAUAUUAGAUUCCUAGAAGGUAGAAUUUGUGAUGUGAAGUCGUGAUAAGUUACCGUACCAGUUUUUAUGGACAAUAUCUGUAUUUAAAAUGUUAUUUUAAUUAUACCUAAGUUAAAAGUAUAAGUGCAAACUAUAAGUUCAAAUAUGUAAUGUUUUAUAGUAGUUUGAAUGAGUUUUGCUUUAUCGUAAAAGUCUAAAA